AUGAUUCGAUGGAAUGACCCUGUUGAACUCUCUGCUGCUUUGAAUAGAAUGUCUUACAUCAGAUUAGCUCUUCAAGUAGUAGAAGAGCACAACGAAGGAAAAGUAAGUAUACUCAUGCUUGCAGCUUUUUAUAGACGCACAAAUGUCGUACACAAAUUACUUUCUUGGGAUUCAAGUCCGGGACAAGUGGAACUUAGAGGAAAUGUAUACGAUAUCCAUGGAGAUUUAAGGAAUGAUGUUACUGCAUUAUGGUGUGCCUUAGAUCGAGGAUAUUUUGAGUUGGCAUCUAUUUUGAUCGAUAAUGGCAAGGCUAAUAUAUUCUAUGGUGUGCAUAAUUUAGCGUGGGAUUAUUUUAUUGAGACAGACCGACUUGAUGUGUUGCAGUAUUUAGAUGGAAAAGGUUAUGUCACAACGAAAACACCAGGAACAACUAAUAGCUCUUAUAAUUAUUAUCUUGACUUGGCUGCUAGUUUGGGUCACACAAAUAUUGUAAUUUAUUUUCUUUCGAAAGGUAAUGAAAAAGAUAUCAGAUCAGGUGUUUGUGUGAGUAGUGCUUUACAUCGAGCUGCUGAAAAUGGUCAUUAUGAGUGUGUUCGAGUUCUAUGCAGUGCAGGUCUCUGUCCGAAAACCGAAGAUUCAAAUGGAAAAACAAUAUUGAGAUUAGCAGUUGAAAAUAAUCAUCUUCAUAUCGUUGAUUUUUUACUGGAAUAUAAUAACGAUGAAGCUACUUUCAAUGAGCUCGAAUUGUUGGCUGCUUCGUAUAUGGUCUCAAUUUCACUCUGGGAUGAAGAUGAACAGUCCGCUCGAAUGCGCAAUUUAUUACAACACUCACUCAUAAAACGUCUCUUACUUAAUAUCCCAAAAGAAGUUGCUCAACCGAUUGCAGCCUAUGAGUUUCAAACAGAAUGUCAAUCAAUAGAUGAAUUUGAUCAGAUUCAACAAAAUAAUAUUGAUCGUUUGUAUAUUGAAGCAUUACUCAUUCGAGAACGUAUUCUUUUACCAAAAAAUGACGAAACAUUGUUUCCACCACUAGUACAACGAGGUACCAUACUUGUUGAACAAGAUGAAUUUGAUCAAUGCUAUCAACUCUGGCUUCACACUUUUCAUCUGUAUCAACGAAUGGAAUUGAAUAAUGAUCAUCAAAAUUUUGUCUGGCUUUUCUGUCAAAUGCUCGCUGCUGGAACAUUUAUUCCUGUUGAUCAAUUUUUAGAAGUAGUUCAUCUUAUCACUUAUUCGCCGCAAAAACAACUUACUUGUGAAUAUUUAGCAACCGCAGUAUGUCUUGUAGCAAUUGCGGCAAAGGUAACAUAA